GACGACAUCUUUUUUUCUUUUGUAGUUAAGGUUUGUUUACCUCUUUAUCAAUAAAUAGGCUGCUCGCAUCCAGUAAAACCAUGCAGCACCUCGACCUGGAGCAACAGCUGCGUCUUCGGCAGACGCAGCAGACCACCUCACUCAGCACCAGCGCUGUGCCGCCACUAUCCUAUCUCCACAGCACAUACCACGCAGCUGCCAAGGACGUCAUCGUCUUUUUCGCGGGUCUUCCUGUCGUCACUGCGGUGUUGUUCGUCGCCGUGGCUCUCCUCGCCCGCUCUAAGUCCUUUGCCAACCUUGCCAAGCUGAUGAAAGAAAAUCAUCACCGCACCAACGCGGGCCUCAUCGUGGCCAACACCACGCCCACGACGUUCUCGCUCUGCAUGGCCGCAUGGAUGAUCCUCCUCGCGUUGCAGACCGUCUGCAAUGUACUGCGCGGAGUCGCCCAACAGCACUACCGCAGCGUGCAACACACCAACGCGUCUGCCCUGGCGGAUCUCUCCGUGCUGCACACCCUGCCGAUGGAGGAAGUGAGUCCUCAACCCAUCUGGGGGCUCUCGGCGAACAUGACCGCGCUAUACCCGUCGCUCCUGCGGUGGUCCAUGACGCCGACCGCGUUCGUUUUCGCGGCGCAGUACGCGGGAAUGGUCUGCAUGUGGUGCUACGUCUUCUUUGCCGGCCACCCGCUCGAGGCUGGCGUGUUUGGCGCCUUGGUUGCCUUCUUCCCCAAUUUCUAUGAGGCGCUGCUGCUCAACGGGAACGAGCCCGAUCGCUGGCCGGUUUGGGUGACCCUCGUCAGUUUUCUUCUCAGCCUCGCGUGUUUGUGGGCGUUUGGCGCGCCGGUCGUCCGACGCGAGUACCGCGAGUUGAAGCGUGAGAUGCAGGGCCACACGGCGGAGGCGUUGUAUAAGGACCGCCCCGAGCUGCGCGAACUCCGGGCACGCGCUGGCCAUCUCCCGAAGAAGCCGAAGCAGAAGUAG